AUGCUCCUGCUGUGCUGCCCGCUGCUGCUGCUGCUGCCGCUCAGCUCCAGGCCCCAGAAGUUACCUACCAGAGAUGAGGAACUCUUCCAAAUGCAGAUCCGGGACAAAGCGUUUUUUCACGAUUCAUCAGUCAUCCCAGAUGGAGCCGAAAUUAGCAGCUACCUCUUCCGAGACACCCCUAAAAGGUACUUCUUUGUGGUUGAAGAGGACAACACUCCCUUAGCAGUGACAGUGACACCAUGCGAUGCCCCUCUGGAGUGGAAACUGAGUGUGCAAGAGCUCCCGGAGGAAGCCAGUGGAGAAAGUUCAGGUGAACCGGAACCUCUUGAGCAACAGAAACAGCAGAUUACUAAUGAGGAAGGCACCGAGCUGUUCUCUUACAAAGGCAAUGAUGUUGAGUACUUUGUGUCCUCUAGUUCCCCAUCUGGUUUGUACCAACUAGAUCUGCUGUCGACAGAGAAAGAUACACAUUUCAAAGUGUACGCAACCACUACUCCAGAGUCAGACCAACCUUAUCCUGAAUUACCUUACGAUCCCAGAAUCGAUGUCACUUCUCUGGGACGUACAACAGUGACGCUGGCGUGGAAACCAAGUCCCACCGCCUCCUUACUAAAGCAGCCAAUUCAGUAUUGCAUAGUCAUCAAUAAAGAACACAAUUUCAAAAGCCUCUGUGCUGUUGAAGCCAAGCUCAGUUCUGAUGAUGCCUUCAUGAUGGCUCCAAAACCAGGUCUGGAUUUCAGUCCAUUUGACUUUGCCCAUUUUGGCUUUCCCUCGGACAACAACUCUGGCAAAGAACGUGGUUUCCUGAAAUCAUCAUCAAAGUUUGGGCGCCAAACGCCCUCAAAGCCGAGAGUUGACCUGCAUAAAGUUUGUAUCGGGAACAAGAACAUCUUCACAGUGUCUGACCUGAAGCCCGAUACGCAGUACUACUUUGACAUGUUUGCGGUAAAUACCAACACUAACAUGAGCACCGCGUAUGUUGGCACCUUUGCCAGAACGAAGGAGGAGGCUAAACAGAAAACAGUCGAACUGAAGGACGGCAAAGUUACAGAUGUGUUCAUCAAGAGAAAGGGAGCCAAAUUUCUACGGUUUGCUCCCGUUUCAUCUCACCAAAAAGUCACCUUCUCCAUUCAUUCGUGCCUGGAUGCUGUUCAGAUCCAAGUGAGAAGAGAUGGAAAACUUCUCUUGUCUCAAAACGUGGAGGGUGUGCGGCAGUUCCAGCUUCGGGGAAAAGCAAAAGCUAAAUACCUCAUUAGGCUGAAAGGAAGCAAAAAAGGUGCUUCUAUGCUGAAGAUCCUGGCUACGACAAGGCCUAACAAGCAGUCGUUUCCUUCUCUUCCUGAAGAUACACGAAUCAAAGCUUUUGACAAACUCCGCACGUGUUCUUCGGUCACGGUGGCGUGGCUGGGCACGCAGGAGAGAAACAAAUUCUGCAUCUACAAAAGGGAAGUGGAUGACAAUUACAAUGAAGAGCAGAAGAAAAGAGAGCAGAACCAGUGCUUGGGUCCGGAUACGAGGAAGAAAUCGGAAAAGGUUCUCUGUAAAUACUUCCACAGCCAGAACAUCCAGAAAGCAGUGACCACAGAGACAAUCAGAGGCCUGCAACCUGGCAAGUCCUACCUGCUGGACGUUUAUGUGAUCGGGCACGGCGGGCACUCCGUGAAAUAUCAGAGCAAAUUGGUGAAAACGAGGAAGUUCUGUUAGUGCCCCUGUACAUAGAAAUAUAUGGAACUCCCGUCUGAACACUAUGCUACUUCCAAGUAUACAGAUUGACUACUUGCACAGCUGAGAAGUUGUGACCUGUAUUUGUACUGUGUAGAAAAGAUAUCAGCUUGUAUAUUUAUGUUUACAUAAGUAAUUGGAGGAACUGAGGCUGGUGCUCUCUGGUAGCAUCUGGCAACGCUGUUAUCGUGUGUCCGGUGACCCACAUGUGAUGCUCAGUAGAUGUCCAAGGUAGCAGGAAACCUCGAAGGGAUUGGCACUCCUUUGCUUCCAUAUUGCAUGAACUGCUUCUAAAUUAUUUUAUACUUAAAAGGCUGAGAUACAUCAUCCGUCCACCUUGUUAUCCACACACAAAACUCACAGACCUACACCCUUUCUCUCAGUGUAGAUGGUAGGGUUCCUGUAAAUUAUUUUAUAGAGUCUUGUUUUAAAUGUUUAUGUUUCUAUGAUUGUAAACUAUUAAAAUAUCUUCCCAAUAAAUUACAGAUCUAAACUAAGUAUUAACUGGGCUGCAGAUGAAGCAGUUUCAUUGCUAAUGUAAAUUCUUACCUAGCUGAUUUUCAUGUUUAAAUAAUGUAUUUCAUGUACAAAGUUGCCAUAACGUUAUAUUCCUGUACAUAAAAUUAAAAAUAUUAGAUUAUA